AUGUUCUUCACACAGCUUCUCCAUACAGGCCAGGUCGCGCUGUGCGCUUAUGGCGCAUACGUGUCCUAUAUUGCCAUUCGCAACCUCCAGCAAUACGAAGAGACGAGCAAGAAGGCAGCCAAGUACUCGACCGAGGCAGAGCAUCAGCUUCACAAGACGAGAACCACGCAGAGCAGUGGCGCCAUUUGCGUUANNAUCUUGGCCUCGCUCAUUGCAGCUACUACCUUGUCGCUGGCACCCAACUCUCUGCCUUCGUUUGUGAGAUUUGGUAUCUCACCUGCUGCUCUGGUGUUCACGCUGUUCGUACGCGCUCACGUGUCCAACUUCUGGAAGGCCAAGGCCAAGGUUCCUUUCGUUGACGGCUACGUAAGUUACACCGUCUGGUUAUGUUUACUGGAAGUAGGCACUGACGAAUUUAUAGNNAACGAGGCAAUCUCCAAGACCGGCGAGCUUUUACAAGUUCUCGAGUAUCUCGAGUACACUUGGGCCGGAACUGCGCUCGCCAGCGGGCUUGUUGGAUACUGA